GUUGUAAACUGAUCCUAUUCAAUAGUUACCACAUACAAGCGAUUGGGCAAUCGUGCUUUCUACGAGCUUGGGCAAAACUUCCGCACAGAAUUAGCUAUUUCACUACUGAAAUGGGCGUUUCUAUGUCUUGGGCCUGUACGUUUGGAGUAACUAUCAUUUAUCUUGGUUUCGUCGGCCUAACGGAAGGUUCCUUGGUUGCGAAUGGCGUGAACGUUUGCUCAAGAUCCCAGAGGUAAGCUUAGGUCAUUUCGAUAACUUCGACUUGUGAGAGUAUCUCGGCAGAGGUUUGAUGCACCCCAUUCAUAAAAUGAGCUAUUGUUGGUUAUGGCUCAGAAAAAACUUCUCCAUCUUUACUUUACAUGCAUGGAUAUUGGUCCAUGGACGUUAUCUGUUCCAAGAUGCAAACUGUUUCCUAAUAGCAAAGCUAGAGGAGAACUGUGAGCUUUGAGGAACAGAUAAUAUCCAAGUACAAAUAAACAAGCAUAUUUUCGUGCCAAAUAAAGGCUCUUGUGUUUACUAUCCUUAAAUAGUUUGCAAUGCACAUGAAAAAAUGUUUAUGAACAGCUUACUGUUUGCUGUGUGGGACAUUUUCCUUCGAGUGUUUUUUUGUUACAACUUAAUGAACAAAAAAUAUUUCCCUUCUGUGACAACCAUAAAAUGUUCCUUCAUCUUUAAUUUAAUUUUACAUGAAGACUUAUCAUAGCAGAGUUAAGGUUUGAAAAUUGUGGGAUAUCACCUGGGUGAUAUCCUUGGAUAUCCCUUAGUUUCAGUGAUGGAAUAUUUGGUCACAUGAUGCAUUUAAGUCAAUCAAGCAAAAAUAUUUGAUGGAUCAUAAAUAGUGUUAUCAUCUGGGCAAGAGAUCUUAAAGUCCUGGGGAACUGUUGUCAGUAGAAGUGACUGACUUUUUAACAACUUGAGGGGAAAAUCUUAGGAGAUUAAUAAUGAUCACAAGAGUACUCUCCUUCAAAUAUAAAACAAUGCAAUCAACAGUUAUUUUUAGGUUCAAACCAUUUUCUUAUAUCAAUAAUUCAAAUUUUUUCAAGUGAUGUGAUUUACUCCAUGAGUGGUGUGAUCAUGAAGCAAAAAUAACAAAUGUAAUUUUGUGAUGUCACUCUCCCCGCCAGCCCUCAUUAUUAUGUAAUAUUUGGAAAUUAGUUCAGAGGAAAUACUCCUUUUACAGACAACUUAAGCCAUGGCACAUUAUAGUAUUGAAGGUCAUACACCAUGGACCAAUUACCAAAUGGAAAUUGACUGUUAAACUUCAUGCUCCAUCAGUUAAUCCACUGCUCAGUUACUUAUGCCCACCUGUAAACUUCAAGGAAACCCUGAUUGAAAGGAGCCAUUCUUUUACAGAACUGACUACAAAUGAACAAACUAACAGCUGAAGGAGUUUCUUUUUUGGUGGUUCUAUUAUAUGGUGCUAUCUGUUAAAAUUAUGAGUGCAAACACAGCAUAAAUAUUUUUCCUAAUUACUAAGGUAUGGAGUAUAUUUUCUGUCGACAGUUUCGUACAGACGUACCAGCAAUCCUUUCAAAUGAGCUGGAAGAAAAAGUCAUCCACUAGCUGUGGAUGGUUGGGCUGGAAAAGAUGCACGGUGUACAGGUGAAUAAGUGCCGUUAUCAGUUUUAACCAAAUCCUCCGCUACUAGGCUAAGAUAUUCAGAUCUGAGCUGCUGUUGGUUACACUGUAAAUUUUCUCUAACUAAAGCUACUCUGACUUACUCAAUGAUUGCCACAGAGUGAAAAAUGGUAUGGAUAAAAAUAGGUAUAGGUCACAUUAUUUUACUAUCAUUUUGGAGAAAAUCAGGGAAAUUAAAUUAAAAUUUCUCUUAUUUAAUACCAGUAGUGAAAAACCUGCAUUGUGUAUCCAGUGUGUCAACGAUGUUUAGAUAAAAUUCUAUGUCCUUUGGAAAAGGAAUUUAAAUUUUAUGCACAUCAGGAGAUGUUGACUAAUACCAAAUUCUAUUGAGAGGAAGCAGAAUAUAUAUUUCCCCUUAUUUCUCUUAUCAUCCGUUACAUGAUUAAGUGCCCUAGCAUGUUUUUUGUAAAGCUAUCAUUCUUAAAAAAAUGAGUGGAAAUUAACCACAGUGAUAUGAGAGGGCUUGUUUUAUCUGAGAAUUUGUACUUUUUUUUUGCAAGAGAAUUUAAUUUUCAAUAUUUUUUCACUAUUCAGAACGUUAUAUGGGGUGUCUUAUAGAACACUUACUCGCCAAGCUUUUAAACCUGUAUAUUUCUGUUGUCUUGGUUGGAGACAGGAAGGGAAUGGUUGUCCAGUUGGUAAGUCAGAGUCCUUUGUUAAUACAUAAUAAGUGUGUGAAAAUUUAUGUUUUUAGAAAGUUAACAAUUGAUACUAAUAUUAACAAAAACAAUUUUUAAAUAAUUGUGGGAGUUAAGAAGACUACUGGACGUUCCAUGAAGUGGCUCUUCUUGUCCAGUUGAAUUUAAAUUUGGAAUGUUGGUUGUGGUGGAGGGGGAGAAAACCAAAUGACCUAAUAUAUAUAUAGGAAAACCCUUGAAGCAAGGAUGAGAACCACUGCACCAUCCCCAAUCCCCUUUUAGUGCAGAAUGUACUCGUACUGACUAAAUAGAGAUUUGUCAUGAAAAAUCCCAGGCAAUCAGUUUCUUAUGAUCAUCUGAACCUUAAGGAGGUAAAUAAGAUAGGGGUUUAGAUUUUCCUUGCAAGAGAAAUCAAGGUUUAUGUGACUAUGUCUAUUUGUUGCAUGCUUUCCCAUAAAAAUUUAAUUUUUUGAAUGAUCACAAAGUUUCUGAACAAGUUUUUCUGUAUUCUUUCAACUUAAUAAUUACUUUGUUCAUGCCUCAGGUUUUAGUAUACAUCACUGUGGUCCCACUUUGCCACAAUUUGUAAAAGCUGUUAAGUAAACUGUUUUUUUUUUUACCAAAUUUGCCAAAACCAAAUAUUGAAAAGAGAUUGUUAAUCAGGUCAUUUUAUACAUUGUAGCCAUCUGUAAGGAUCCUUGUGUUAAUGGGACUUGCACUCAGCCGGACUCAUGUUCAUGUAAUGCAGGUUAUCAUGGACUACUUUGUGAUAGAGGUGAGUUUAUGUUGGUCAUUUUGAAGGUUAGUUGAAGUUUAAUGACAAGCAUCUCCUCUUGGCAGCCCCAGUGAACAACUUAUAUUUAGAACUUAAUUUUACUGUCUCAUUGUUUAGGUUACAGUCUCAUUUAUUUCCUGAAUAUCCAAUUGAGUGUGUUACUUGGCAUCUUCAGCUGUUUGAUUGUUAUCUAUCUCAUGAGCACUAGUUGAAAUCUGUAUCAACUUUUUUCAUGAUUGAGAUUGUUCCAGUGAGAUUUAUCAGUUACCAAGUGUGAACACUGUUGAACACUUAAAGUUAACAUAGAAAUCCCACUUCAAUAAGAAAACCAAAUGUCUGCGAGCAGACUAUUUGGCUAUUUACUUAGUACUACUUGUGACAAUUAAGAAAUGGUUAGUAUGCAGCAUCAACCACUUUUGCCUUGAUGCACUGAGGAGUUUGCUAAGCAUGAAAGAAGAGUAAGAGUUGCACAAGGCACUAGCCAAGUGUGACCCCUAGCUUCUUGAGUGCUUAGAAAACCUCCUGAGUGCAUCCAUGACUUGAUGGUUGCACGCUGCAUGCUAACAAUUUCUUUUAUAACAUUGAGACUUUUAAACCCACAGGUAAAUGGAUCAAGCAUAUUAGCCCAUCAGAGUGCAUGCUUUAGUAAAGCUAUGUUGUGAUUUUCAAUAAAUGUAAUGAUUGGAAGGGUAGAGAUGUGGGCAUCAUCUAUCCAAGAUCUUAAAUGUCCUGAAUUUAAGUGUCACUUUCAGCGUAAUUCUGGUGUUGGGUCGUUAUUAAAAAUCAUUGAUAUAUGAUCUCUCCUGAUCUAAAUUUCUCAGAGUGCCCUUCUCACAAGUGGGGUCCUCACUGCCGACAUGACUGUAAGUGCAGGAAUGGAGCCAAAUGUGAUUCACACACAGGUCAGUGUGCCUGCACUCCUGAUUGGAAGGGUCAGCAGUGUGAGCAGUCAUGUGACCAAGGUUUCUAUGGUGAUAAAUGUCAGCAGAAAUGUGAUUGUUUGAAUGGUGGAACUUGUGAACCUGUCACAGGAGAUUGUACUUGUGCAGCAGGCUUCCAAGGUACAAGGUGUGUUUAAUACAGUAUGGUUUGUUAUCAUUCUUAUCAGCAUCAAGUUUCGAGUGUGUCAAUAGAAUAGUAUCAGUUCUAUGGAAUAGAUUCAAGCAACUUGGUCUACACUGAUGCUGACAACUUGUUUGUCAAUCUAUUAAACAUGUCCAUCCACCUAAUUUUUUUCAGGCCAGUCUACUCUUUCUAAAUUUUAAUGGUUUUAUUAGUUAAUUAGAACAGUAGAGGUUUCUCUGAUUUAUAGAAACCUUUUUGAUGGUCAAGGAAAAGGUGAAACUGCUGACUCAUCUGCUCAAAUGACAUGAUUCACAUUCUUCUUUAUUUUUUGCAGUUUUGUAAUUCAUAUUUCAUAGAAAUCUGGAAGAAAAUUAGAAAUUAGUUAAAUUAAGCAACUGAUUGCUAGUUAAAUGUCAGAACUUGGGAGUUUAGGCAUCUUGAUCUAUGCACUUUAAAAAUUAAUGACAUAUAAUAUUAUAGGCUGAGGCCUUGUUAAGGAAAUAUCAUUUUACCCCUAUAGAUGUAAUCUUCAUUGUAAUGAAGGAUGGUAUGGAAAAAAUUGUGCACAAAAGUGCACCUGUCUCAAUGGAGGUAGAUGUGAUCACAUUACUGGCAAGUGUAACUGUACUGCUGGAUGGCAGGUAACUAAUAAGCAUGUAAUGUGCAAUUAAGAACUGGAUCAUCAGGUUAUGCUAUUUUAGAAUUUGGAUUGGAGCAGUAACCAUAGAAUGCUAGCCAUUUUCCCAUAGCUUAACCAGAGAGUGAUCACUUGACAUGCAUAAUUUGUGGAACACAACGUUUAAGCAAGUUACAAAAUGUUCUGUGUGUGUGUUUUGAAAUUAAUUAUGCCAGCUCCCUAAGUUGUAAAUUGCAUUUUGGUCACCAACUUUGUAACAAAAGUUGCUGAUUGCAUGACCUGUGUUAAUGUCUGGUAAGGGGUGAAACCUCUUCUAAUUGAAUUUAGAAACAUUUUCCACACUGGGUGCUUAUUUUUUGUAUUUCCUCAUAUCCAGUGCAUGCUCUCAUAGUAAUAUGAUAAGGUUUAAUCAUUAUUUUUCUUUCAAUUUUUUAUAACUGCUUAAAUAAUUUAUUUGUGGUUAAAUUCAAUAUGGAACUAUCAUCAAUUUUAGGUAAAACAUCAAUAAUGGAACCCUUUGGUUGUGUAACAAGCAGGUCCUUUAGAUCCCCAUUUUGAUUGAAUUAGUUUCACAUGAGAUGAAAAAAUCCUAAAAUUUAUGAAUAAGACCUUUCUAUAAUUGAAGAUUCUAACUUCUCAUUUAAGGGUGAUUUGUGUGGUUCAAAAUGCCCAAAUGGUAAAUAUGGAUAUAAUUGUUCCCAAACGUGCAUUAACUGUUUGAAUGGUGCAGUCUGUGAUCAUGUGAAUGGAAGUUGUACUUGUGCUCCGGGAUAUCAAGGACAUAGGCAAGUAGCUUUUUUAUAGUCAUUAUCAUUAGUUUUCUUUUUAUAGUUAUAUCAUCGUACAGGAAUGCCAGCCUCUGUAAAUCUGAAAUUUGUUUUCCAUGAAGGCAAAAUUCAUUUAUAAUUUUGAAUUUUUUAAAUUUAAAUUGUUCUUUUCUUUUCAGAUGUGGAGAUAUGUGUCCUUCUGGAAGUUAUGGAAGUUUCUGUGCAGAAGAGUGUCGCUGUAAGAAUGGCACUUGCUCUCCUGUGGAUGGUUCAUGUAAUUGCACAGUGGGGUACACAGGGGUAUACUGUGACCAGCCAUGCUCUGCAGGCUCAGCGGGUCAGGACUGUACCAAGCACUGUAACUGUACAAUACAUGGAACCUGUAAUCAGUUCACUGGGAUAUGUCAGUGAGUAUUUCAUUAAAUGUGAAAGUACUGGUGCAAUAAGUAAUUGCAGUGGAUGUAGAAAUGGAACAUAUUGGGUAGGGCUCAUGUCACAUUUGUGGCAAGUUAAAACAUUACAUUUAACUGUCUCUCUUUUUGUUAACUUUUGUCAACAAGCAAAGUGCUCAGUAUUUUCUUAGCAGAAAUUAUGCCCACUAUCUUUUUUUCAUGGCAGUGGAAGGCUGGGUAGAGAAAGAAAUUUGUACCAAAGGGGAUGGUUGAUGGUAAAAAAAAAGGAGAGGGGUGGGGGUUAGGGAGUGAAGAUCUUUUCACCUUUCCCUGCCCCCCUCCCCCUCUGACUCCAUCUCCAAAUCUAACAUAGCUGGUUGAAUAAAUGAUUGCAAGCUUCUUAACAUGAACUCACCCUUGUAAGAUGCCUGCACUGCAGAUAUAGUACAUGUUCUCAAAAAUUUGAAAAUUUCUAUUUGUUCUUAAUGGAAUAGUAUUGAAAUGCCCAAAAGCAAAUAUUUUCUCAUCUCUGCUAUCAAUAGCAAUGUUUGUAGCAGUGUUUCCAAAUGUAAACUUUGAGGUGAGAAAGAUAAUUUGUACAUGUGGGGUAAUUUUUGUUGGGUAUCUUGACUGACAUGAUCUGCUCAUGAUAUAAUUUAUCAUAAUUUAUAUUUUUCAAGAUGUCAACCUGGUUUUCAAGGGGCACACUGUGAAAAUGAGUGUACUCCAGGAUUUUUUGGACCUCAGUGUAAAGGGAAAUGCCAAUGUCUUAACAAUGCAACUUGUGACAAAAAAGAUGGCACCUGUGAUUGUCUGCCAGGAUGGAUAGGUGUCCGCUGUGACAACCCAUGCCCAGCUGGUUACUAUGGCAAGAACUGUCAAUCAAAAUGUGGGUGUCAAAAUGGAGGGUCAUGUGACUCAGUGGAUGGCAAGUGUACUUGUGUGAAUGAAUGGCAAGGGGAAAGUUGUGAUAUCUGUAAGUGACAGACUUGCGACAGUUUAGCUGCUCUAGUGUACCAGGAUUAUCAAAGCUAAAAAUUAGACACCAUCCUCAGAACAAAAUUGGAAUUCCUUGUUGAAUGUGUGACUUGAUUUUAAACACUUGUGAUAGAGAGUGCUCUUUUGACUUUUUUCAAGUACAAUGAGAGAGUUUGUGGCUGUAUUACUGCUUUGGCACCAAAAGCAAAUUAAGGCAUAUGUUUAAUGGAUUUCUCAAAUUUUUUAUUUUGUUUAUAGCUUGCGAGGAGGCCCUCGUUAUUAGCACUACAAGACACCCGUUUCUCGGAGAGAUUUGUCGGGGGUGUAGGCAUUAUCAAUAAUGAUGGUUAAGACCCUGGCAGACCUCUCCUGCGAGUGCAGACAAGCUUGUGCUCAAGCGCUUAGCUUAAUAUCUCGCUGACUAUUGUGUUUUGUGAUUGUGAGGCUUACAAAUCUCCCAAAACCAAAGAACUUUUUCAGAGAAAACUGGAGAAAUCUAUCUAAAUCUCUGAACAAUCAAUUUUGUUGUUGUGUUCUAGUGUGCGGAAACUGGACCUUUGGUGUCAAUUGUAAAAAUUCAUGUCUUUGCAAUCAAACACAAACUGAAAGGUAAGUGAAGUUUAAUAUCACAAUUAUCCAAAGUUAACAUUAGUUAAUAGAAAUUACAUUGUAAUCUUAUGUUGAGAUUUUUUUCUCCAGAAAUAAGCACAAUGGAACCCCGCCUUACGGCCCCUUCGGUAAUACGGUCACCAUGUUAUUACGAACCACUUUUUCAUAUCCUAGGAGAGCGACCAUAUGUUUUCUUGUAUAAAAAAAGCCUUGCUUGUGCAGUCACCCGUUAAAAAGGCCAACGGCCAUAUUUUAAAAUCCUAAACGGUAGAAUCCUUUAUAAUUUCUCCGGUCAUCAGCAUUGAAUUUAGAAAACCAAGAUGCCUGUCACUCGGAGAUUUCGCUUAUCCCUAUCAUUUACUAAGCAAACAACCGAUUCAUUUAGAAGGAAGCAUCACUCCUCCAUGUUUUCAUUACAAACAUGAUAGAAAAGAUAAAUCGUAACGCUAAGGUCCCUCCAGCGUGACAACUUGCUAAGCAAUUCAGAAAUAUGAUCCUGCCCCGUUCAUACGGCCACCUCGUUUAUAUGGCCAAUCAGUUUUGGCCCCUCGGUGACCGUAUUAACAGGGUCUCACCUAAUAGUCAUUACAUAUUGUACUUUUUUUUACAGAUGUCACAGGAUUAAUGGCAAGUGUUUAUGUAAGAAUGGGUUCACUGGCCUCUAUUGUAGUGAGCAGAUAAGUAAGUUCUUUUGUUGUUUUGUAGGUUACAUACGAGUUUGACGUAAUUAUUAAUUCCCAAACAGUAUUGCAUUCUCCAGGCACAAACUGGUGUCCAAAAUAAGCAAGAAAAGACACAUUGUUGUCUUUCGCUUGGCUCUAAAACCUUUUUUUUGUUGUCGGAAACUUGAAAACAUGGAUAAUGUUACUUUAAAAUGAGGGAAAAGCAUGUGCAUUGAAAUUUUCCAUAGCUGUGUCACAAGUGAAAUUGAAGUGUCUUUUUUUUUAUAAUGUCCGGUGCUAGGGUAGCUGGUUCAAAGGACUUCUAGUUGCUUGAUCACGCCACUGAACCUUCAAUAAGUCCUAGCAGCAAAGGCAUUCUGGCCUGUCGGCUGAUUGAGUAUUCGUAAUGGUAAUGGGACUGAAUGGAGUCCGAUUCGCUCUGUAACCAUACGAGUGAUAACGUCCGAUUUAUUUAUCACGAGUAUGAUAACAGGCCGAAUUGAACGACACGAAAUCUUAUGACCAGUUAAUCAUAAGAAUUACAAUUUCCGAGAAAAGAAGAAUAGCCAAGUUAUGAAAUGAAGGGAAAACUUGCAUUAAAAGGCAAUUUAGGAGUCUGUACACUGUUUCUAUGGUGAUUGAAAUCAAGGUUUUAUCGGAUGAUUUUAACUACAACUUUCACUGUGAUGGGUUGAUUUGAACUACCUCUUUGAAUGUGAUUGGCUUACUGAAGUGUCUGAUAACAACUCGGCAAGUGAAUAAGUGGAAAACAGGAGUUUUUUAAACCAAUCACAAUCGAAGGAAUUUUAAUUUUUAUGAUUAAUUAUAUUUAUCAAUGAACUAACUGAUGUCGGUUGUUGUCUUUUUAGAGUGUAGUGUUGGAUAUUAUGGUAACAAAUGCGACAAGAAGUGCAACUGUAACCGUAAUGCCUCAUGUGAUAUCAUUACUGGCUCCUGUGAUUGUCCUGCGGGUUUCAUGCUGCCAAACUGCUAUAAAGGUAAGAUCAUAACUAGUUGUUCUUGAGAACAGCUAUUACGAUCAUGUAUCACAUGGCUUCUUAAAACUGAACUGAACCUUACCCUGUUCUGAUUGGAAAUCUCAGGCUUUCUAAUUAGUCUAUUUGUGAGUUCUCGUUGGAUUAUGAGUCCCGUUUCUUUCAAACAAUUUCACAUUGAAGCUCUUUUAAAGUAUAGAAAACUAAACAUUUUAUUCGAGGUGGGAAGUGGGAAGCAAGAUCCACCACAACUAGGGAAACACAGGUGUGCAAACACUUUCCCAUCAUUAAAUUUGCUUCUGGUCUCCUAUAGUUCAGUGACAGAGCAUCCAAAGUACUUCUACUCCAAAGACCAUAGGUUUGAUUCUUGUUGUCAUUGUUAGGAGCGGUCAGAAUUUUUCCCUUUCCCAAUUAUGUUUUUGCCACAUUGUAAAAAGUGGAACGAAUGAUUUCGGUCGAUGUUGUCACUGCUGUUGCUUGCUUUCUACAGAAUGUCCAUCAGGAAGCUUUGGAAUCAACUGUCGGGAGACUUGUAAAUGUCAGAAUGGUGCUUCAUGUAAUCCAGUGGAUGGUACCUGCGGCUGCAUGGCUGGUUGGCAGGGCACCUUUUGUGAGCAAGGUGAAGCAACUAGUCUGAUACUUGUGUUUUUUUGUUGUUGUUUUUUUUGUUUUUUUUUUUAAGAUGCAGGGUCUAUUUUAGCGAGUGUAACUGACAAAGCUGAACGAGAUAUUUUUCACGUUUCAGUGUUAACUAUUUGACAUCAGGGAUGUGAUAAAGUCGACCUAAAUCAUAGCACCAAAUUAUAAAAACCCCUGCGUAUUUGAAUGAAUGGUAAAGUUAAAUUAAUGUGUUGAAUUUACAUGUGACGCGUUUUUAUGUACAGUGGUCUUUCUGGGACACCGUCAGACAGACAAUAGACAAACAGACUCAGAAAAUUUAUCAACUCCGCUGACAAUGCAAAUUAGCCACCGUAGAGAGUUUCUAAAAGUAACGUUCUUCAAGCCCUUCGUCAGAGCAAAUAGAGGAAUUAUAGUUUGUGUGUGGUCUAUAUACAGAGAUAUAGAGCUUUGCUAUUGUUGGGAACAUGCUAACGAGAAUAAAUAAUGUGAAUGAAAAGUAUUCGUUGAUACGGUUUGGAGUAAGAGUACCGAUUUCAGAGAUAACUUAAGUUUUUGUUCCAGAGUUUGGCAGCUUUCCGAACUGCCAGCCUAGAUGUAGGGAAAGGCCGCAGAUUUCCAUAUUUUGCUUAUAAUUAAAGUGUCUAGCGACUGGUUUGGAAGCAUGGAUCUUUGUCAUUCCUUAGAGAGACAUACAGAGACACGCAGACACGAACAGACAAACAGACACACAGCAGACAGAUACAAAAAAGACAAGCAGACAGACAGAUAGACGAACAGAUAGGCAGACAGAAAGCAGACAGGUGGACAUACAGACAGAUAGACUGAUAGAGAAAUAGACAAACAGGCAGACAGAUAGACAGACAGAUGGACAAACAGACAGGCAGACAGAUAGACAGACAGAGGAAAAACAGACAAGCAGACAGACAGAUGGACAAACAGACAGGCAGACAGACAGACAGCAGACAGGUAUACAAAUAGACAAACAGACAAACAGACAGGCAGACAGAUAGACAAACAGACAGGCAGGCAGGCAAAGAGAAGAACAGACAGACUGACAAACGAACUUUUGGAAACCUCAGACGUUCCCUAAACCCUUCAGUAGUAUGGCAGUAUGUUGUUCAAAGCUGAUAUUACUAUGUCAGCCUCAUGGAUUAAUGGUUUGUUUUUACAGGCUGUCCUGAUGGAUGGUACGGUCCAGGGUGUAACAGCAGCUGCGACUGUUCACACGACUCGUCAUGUCAUCAUGUCACUGGAAAAUGUACCUGCAAUGCAGGAUGGAAGGGAGUCAAAUGCAACCAAUGUAAGUGGACGAGUAUGCAUGAUACCUAGCCUUUAGGAAAAAAAAGAUAAAAAAGCAUUAUAUUCCAAGAAACAUCGCUGAAUAAGUGAUCAUCAUAAAAUGUUUUGAAUUUGCCUCAGAUACUCUUUAUGCUUUGUUUUGUUUUCAUUUUUUCUAUCUAUCUUUGAUCAAGUAGCUUUUUUGAAGAUUAUACAGGAUAAAAUAUCUUUCAGCAUGUGACAGUGGAUUUUAUGGACUUGGCUGCCAGUCAAUGUGCCAGUGCUAUGAAGACAAUACUAUAUCAUGUGACCCUAUCGAUGGACGUUGCUUCUGUGAGCCUGGAUGGUCUGGGAAAGAGUGCACGCUAUGUACGUAUUUAUUCACAAGGGUUAGAGUCUGAGGAACGAAAUAGAGGUUUAACCUCCAUAAGUGACCAAGACAGAAUUUCUCCUUACAAGGUCAAUACAAUAUCAAGUAGACAAGUGAUGAGAGUAAAGAAAAAUAUCAACAAGAGAAUUUUUAGUCGAUCCAAAACCAAAUUCUCAGACUUAAAAUCAUAACAAUUGUAUGGAUGACAGUAAGGACAAUUAUUAAAGAGAUCCUACGAGAAAAAGGAUGAAGGGAUUUGUCUUUCAUGUUUAGAGCAAUUUUCAAUUGAGUGUUGAAAGUAAUACGGGAUUGCUCUGGUUUGCAUUACUUUGUUCUGUUAUUGGGCCAGAAAACUCGUGCCAAUCUCUUAACCAAUCAGAUGCAAAACUAACACCGUGUCACGUCUUGGUCGCUCGCGUUUUCCCGCGCCUUAAGCAGUUUGGUUGGUUUUAUUUUGAGCUCUCAUUGGCUCCUAAAGGUAUUUCUCGAUCAUUUGAUUGGCUGCUGUGAUAACUUUGGUUUUGGUUUUACGCUACUCAAUCUAGAAGUGCUGUAGUGACGAUGCUAUAGAACAAUAAUUAUUUUGGUAGAGUCAGUAUACAUGCUGGAAGUUUCUGUUCCUAAUUAUUUUUUUAACCACUAGCGUUUUUUUCCAAAGAAAAAUAUUUGCCAAAAGGUCUUAAAAUUAACCGUGGGACGUUCUUCGCUAAGGUAAACGAGAUGAUAAUUUUUUUCCCUCUGCCAGUUUGUCCUAGAGGAAAGUUUGGUGCAAAUUGUUUACAAGACUGCAAGUGCGUGAAGGAGUCCACAGAGAAUUGUGAUCACGUGACUGGAGCAUGCACCUGUCUGGAGGGUUGGACAGGAGAUAUAUGUGAUAAAAGUAAGAAUAUCACGUGCACAGUGUGAGGUCAGGUAUAGUUAGCUAGAGGGUUCAUUUGACGGAAAUAAUCUUAAAAGAUGUGCGUAAGUCUAAUUAACGACUAGACACGAAAGUGUAGGGGGCUAGUGAUGGAUGUUUACCAAGCCGUGAAGAGAUGAAUAGUUUUUUUUAUUAUUUAUUAAUACAGUGAGAUAAUAUUGCACAAAAAGAUGAUUUCAACUCAUUAAUUCCUGCAAAAAUUACAAUAUUUUCGGCGUAUAUCCCAGAAAUUAGACAGUUAGAAGAAUUGCUAAAAAGACCUUAGGAGUGAAAGGUUUAAGAAACCAGACACGGGUUAUACUUUGCUAGUUGUCGACAUAAGUUUUUCUCUUAGCUUGUUCGGCAGGUUACUAUGGUUACAAGUGCAGGAAAGAAUGUGAAUGCAGAAUGCCUAAUAUGGACAAAGAAUGUGAUUAUAGGAACGGAGAGUGUUAUUGUGAACCAGGAUUUACCAGUCAGUACUGCAAUCAAAGUACGUCGUAUAGACCGUUAGUGGUUUGACCUGUAAGACAGUUUUAUGUUAUUCUCAUGGCUGUUACACCGUAACAGCCAUGAGAAUCUAUCAUGACCCGUCCUUCCUGGUCCUUUCCCUUACAGUGCCAAGAAAAGGGUAAUUCACAAUAACUAUUUUAAAAUGUCUCCAAGGUCCAACACCAUGUUGGUGCAGUGUUCCUCUUUAAUCCCUUUCCUGGAAAAAAAAAAACUUUCACAUACCUCUGUAAACACAUUGUUUGAGAAGGUGAAUUACCAGCUGUAGGUAAGCUGAUAAAAAUCAAAGAUGUAAACAACUAUGUUGUAGCUUUUUAUAGGAAAUCCCUGACUGCGCACAUUCUGUUUUCUUUUGUUUACAAAUCGUGACUGAAAGAAUUAAAGGAUAGUACCAUUGGUAAUUGGUUCAUUGUUAAUGGAUUGCCCUGGUUACCAUUGUUUACUAGGCGCGGAUUUGAGCCCCAUCGAAGCCUGAAUUUGAUCAAGCCGCAUCUUCAUAUUCAGUUUACCUGUGUUGAUCAAUGCGUGUCUUGCCACAACUCUUUUAGUUAUUUGUAUGAUAAGAAAAACAUCUUUAUUAUUAACUGAGUUGCUAACUGGCCAUCAAAAGGCUGGCUGACGUUUCGAGCGUUAGCUCUUCGUCAGAGCGAGUGUAUGUCGAUUCCUAGGCGAAUGUUUUUGGUCCACGCAUGUGACAAGUUUUUAACACUGACCUCUAUUUCCUUCUUUUAUUGAUUGACAGCCUGUCCUGAAGGUUACUACGGAUUUAAUUGCGAGGACAAAUGUCUUUGCGAGAAUAAUUCGACUUGCAAUAACGAAGUUGGUUAUUGUCACUGUUUGACGGGAUUUCAAGGAAAGUUCUGUGAAGAAGGUACUUCAAAGUAUUAAGAGCCUCUUUACUCGACCUAGGGUUACUUUUACCUGAAUUGAGUCACCGCUCAUGGUAACCUUUUUGCAGUAUGUUGUUACAGUAGUCAAGCCGGGUCAAGCCCAGGACAACCUUUCCAGCUGGGUAACCCAACGUUGUGGAGACCUGGCCUGUCGUGGCCAAUGGGGUACAAUUCCGUUAAAAGCUAUCCUGGAAGUGCACUUCCACUUCCAUAACCAUAUUUGUAUUGCAUUUCUUCUAUGUUAUUUUGCAGUUGUGUCUUUUUCCUUUUUCGUAAUUGUGUAGGAGCCUAAAUCAGACCUAGAGGAGCUUGAGUCUUAGAAAGAGAGAAGCGCUUACUUCUUUCUUUGGUGAUUUCUUAUUUCAGUUGUUCCCACGGAGAGCACUGUUGUCCCCAGUCCUGGUUUUAAAAACUCUUCCGGCUCUGGCCGGUCGACUGGCGAUGAUUCUCCCUCUGUUGUGACGCCUGUGGUUAUCGCUGUAGGGGUUGCCAUGGUAGCAAUUAUUCUUAUCAUCGUAUUGGUUUAUUUGAGAAGGAAGCACGUGUUGAUAUCCAGAACAGGAAAAGGGUGAGGCACAUGUUAACAAGGAAAAAAAUAUUUAAAUGUUUCAAUAUUUCUGUUCAUGAAAGCCUUGGCCGUUGUGGUUUAAAUCUUUUGCAAGGUGUUUCUGUGGCAAUUAUUUUAUUUUAUUUUUUUUUUUGCGUCCGAGGGUAAUAAAGAAGUUAAAUAAUCUAUCAAUUCAUUAUAUAGCUAACAGCACCCUUGGGCGAUAUGAAGCAAAUCCUGUUCUCUGAUUGGCUACCCAAGAGAGCAAGCGCUUUGAUCCAACGCAAUAAAAAGUUCGUACUCAUUGGACAAUUUUGACAGACAACUUUUAUAUGAAAAAUGUGAAAAACAAUGUGAUAUGGAAGCAUGGAAGCGGUUUUGUUCCAGGUAAAACGAGACAAAAGAAGUUAGAGUCGUGACCAAGCAAGAACUGAAUUAGCUUUUGUAUAUUCUAUUUUAAAAUGUAAAGAAAACCUAUCUUACCACUUUAUUUUGCAAUUUGUCAAAUAAAAAACGAUCACGCACUACCAUCACAGUUGGCUUUCUCUUUUAGCGCUCGAAAGUAAACCGGUCGUUCUUGAUUCUGACGAGGGCGAAAUCAUUUUGCCGUAUAAAAAAUCCUCCAUUGAUCAAGAUUGUUCAGUCAAAAUGGUUAUAUUAGCCUUGUUCUUCUUUUGCGUUUUUAUGGACCACGACUUCGUCUCGAAGUUCGCUAGUUUUUUCGUAAUUUAUUCACCUACUCAAUCAUAGUAUUUAUUUUUUCAUUGAUUUUCGUUUAUUUGUUCCAUAUAGUUUGUCCAUGAAGAAAUUAAUAAGAUCUCCCAAAAGUUCAAGUAAGUAAUCUCUUUCAUAUCACGUGGUUUAGUCUGUUCAGAGACUUUCUGUAGAUCAUCAUCCAGAAUGUGAGGGAAAUCACUGAAAGCCGCGGGAACUAAAAAGCCGUUCGUAGACUUCUUAGUUGAAUGUGAAACCAAAUUUUACUAUUUUUCUUGUCUGUUUCCUCUUUUCUGAUAGAAAACGUGGAUGGAGUUGACGACGAAGAGAAUCACGCGGAAGAUCAUGUGUCAUUAAACCCCAUAUAUGGUCAUAUGUCGAACCCAGAUUCCACUCCUUCGGAUGUGGUUCAAUCUUCAGAAGACAGAGCGAAAUCGAUGACAAUAAAAUCUGUCAAUAACCCCAAUUAUGAAAGUACCUUAACGUUAACAGCAGAGUAUGACAAAAGAGCCAGUAAUCCAAUCUACCAGACAGCCACAGAACUUGAACGGGACAAUCCUUUAUACGAUACAAGUGCUGAUAUCAACCCGCUCUAUGAAGCAGGCCCGUCGGGAAGUGUCAGCGGAGGGUCUGGGAGCUUGGCCGAUAUGAACCCCCUGUACCAGUCCGCUAUCUCGUACCGCAGUCAGUGCGAUUUUAAUCCACUGUACGAGGGUUCAUCUGAUGUGAGCCCGCUGAAUGAAGUUGCAGUGUCAGCAGCCGAAAAAAAGAAUAGUAAAGCGCGCCGCCGAGCUGAUUCACGAACGAAAAAAGAGGAUAAAGUUCCAAUCAUGGACAACGCGUCAUCCUGUUGGCUAAAGGACGAAGAAGAUGGACUGGGAGUUAGUAACAGAGGUGUUGAUGUGACUUUUAACGAACUGUACGGUGGCGUCGAACAGAGUUCAUCCUCCCCCAUCGGGAACUGAAGCCAACGUUCCACCUCUCCCCCCACGACAACAUGCCAAGCGAUUGUGAUACGUGUGGUCGAUAGGCGAGAAUUGUUAUAAAGAUAAAUAGUAAAAUUUAGAGAAAUGCAGGGAAGUCAGAGGUACGAAGAUUUAAAGGACCUGUUACACCUGAAGUGACUUUAAAACCUGUAACUUCUUUCCAUGUUAUCCAUAUUUUAUCUAGUAAACAAGUAGUGAAAAUACUCAGUGUUAUCAUAACCUAACACCGAGUUCUCGUAACUAAUUUACGAGGAAAUGUUUAGCAGCUAAAAGGGAGAAUUCACAAUCAGAUUUUGGGAGUUAAGGGUUAAUUGUUAUUUUGUGUCACCCAAACGUUCCGCAUGACGUAUUUUUAUCAAAAGCGCUUCCUUUUCAUACAUCCCUUGGAAAUUUUAUUACAGAGCCGCCGCUAUACAAAUUUUAGAAUUUUAUGUUGAAAAUACAAAUGUUUGCUGAUCUCUUGUUACAGCAAGUCUAAUAGGCUGCAGGGACUUAUUUCUUUACAUCAAAAUAUCUUUACCGCUUUUCUCGAGAUAUAAAUCAGACAAAAAUCUUAUGUUUGUCACUCAAAUGGUUGAAUUUAUUUAAUAUCAGAAUUGAAUGGACUGAAAAUAUAUCUAAAAACAAAUUUAAACUUUUUAUUGAAAUAACAAUAAAGCAUUUUAUACCUUUUAUUGUUUUACAUUCGAUUACGACCCG